AUGGAGACGACGUUCCUAACCCAUAUCGCCUCCCAGACAGCUUCCAACAUCGACCUUCUCGUCGCCAACGGGUACCUCACCCAAGCAGAAGCAGCCAAUCUGCAGCGAAAACUAUCCCCUCUCCAGUCAACAACAGCACAGGCGCCUGUUCCCCCCGCACCAACCGUCGUCCAAGCCAAAGCACUCUGGGCAUACAACCUCGACGCCUUGGACCCCGACGACCUCUCCUUCGCAGCAGGUGACAUCAUUACCAUUGUCGAAGAGACCAACGCGGACUGGUGGCUUGGCGAGCAUAAUGGCUGCAGGGCCCUCUUCCCCGCGAAUUACGUCGAGAAGAUCACCGUGCCCGCGCCUGCAGCCAGAGCCCUCCCUCCAGUGUAUGUCCCGCCUACGGGUGGUCAAGCCGUCCCUCCAGCUCCUGUUGCGACAACGCAGAAGAAAGAGUACAAGCCCUUCAUGGCUGCCCACUCAGGCUCCAACGUCCCUCCGCCCCCUGGAACGGGUACGAACUCUGUUGGGCUCCAGCAGGAUCCCGGACAGGAUGGGAAGAAGAGCAAGUUUGGGAAAUAUGGGAAUACGACAGUCGAAGUCGAAGUCCAGCUUGCCUCGUUCUCAGUUUUUUGA